AUGGUGGUCCGGUCAGAGUGCCACUCACGCUCUUCACGCUCUUCACGCUCUUCACGCUCUUCACGCUCUUCACGUCGUUCAUCCACCAGUCAAGCUGCAGCCCGAGCCAGAGCAGAAGCCGCCCGCACCAGACCACAGUACGCGAAACGCCAGAUCGACAUGGAGGUUGAGAAGGCACACAUUGAGGCAACACUAAACGCUCUAAAGAAGGAGGGUGAGGCUGAAGCAGCGCUCGCCGCAGCUCAUGUCCUGGAAGCGGCAGCCGAUGAGGAGCAUGACGCCGUUGACCUCACAGAACAAGGAGUCUCCUCUAAGACAUCUCCUUCCAUCAGACAUGCUCAAGAUUAUGUGAACGCUCACUUCGCUAAUCGCAGCUUGGUAGUUAAUGAAGACGGAAAGCCUGAUACAGGACAACUGGUUGGUAAUAACAACGCUCAGCAUCUACGACAGAGUCAACCACCAGUUGCCUCCUCUCCAGGUGAACAUCUCACUGAUUUUGUAGAUCAGGAGCAACCAAAGUCCCCUCCUAUAAACAGAAAAACUGACAUUUCAAUCCAGCCUAAACCUUCAUUGCCUCCAAAGACUGAACUCUCAGAUUUCACAGCCUAUCUAGCACGCCGUGAUCUGCUGACAGCGGGAUUCAAGGUUUUCGACAACCGUCCUGAGUCUUACUUGUCCUGGAAGUCCAUUUUCCGCAACGCCAUAGAAGGCCUCAACCUCAAGUUCAGCGAAGAGCUUGACCUUCUCAACAAGUGGCUCAGCGGGGAGUCACUACAACAUGCGCUGAGGAUCAGGGCGGUCCAUGUGAACAACCCACACGCAGGUCUUCAACGUUUGUGGCAACGUCUGGACAAAAGUUUUGGUUCUCCAGAGAUAAUAGAGAUGAGAUACCCACCAAGGAGGCUGUGUCGGCUCACCCUCAUCUACAUGCACUCACUUCACAGAUCCCUCCUCUGGACCCAGCCGCGGACAUUCUCCUCCUCUUGGGCAGGGACAUCAUCCAAGCUCACAAGGUUCGCAGUCAGGUAAAUGGUCCAAACAGUGCACCUUAUGCCCAACGCCUCGAUCUGGGAUGGGUGGUUGUAGGCGAUGUCUGCCUCUCAGGUGCCCACAAACCCACAGUAAACUCUUUCAAGACAGACAUUCUGAAUAACGGGCGCCCUACCUCCCUUAGCCCCUGUGCAAGCAAAAUCUAUAUAAAAGACAAAUACACAGAAAGCUGUCCUAAAUUCAAGAAGACACAAGCAGAAGUAGGCAGACACAUUUUCCAGCAAACAGCAGAUGAUGACAAAACGGCUCUUUCAGUAGAAGAUGCAUUAUUCCUGGAAAUUAUGCACAGAGACUUUACUAAAGAUGAGGCGAACAAUUGGGUAGCUCCACUCCCAUUCCGCUCCCCCAGACAGCGUUUACCCAACAAUAGGGACCAAGCCCUUAGUCGCUUAAUGACGCUCCGCAAAACCUGAAAUGAAAGAACAUUACAUUGAGUUUUUAGACAAAACUUUCAGUAAGGGCCACGCUGAACCAGCUCCAGCUUUAGCUCCAGAACAAGAAUGCUGGUAUCUCCCUAGUUUUGGCAUUUAUCACCCUCAGAAGCCAGGAAAAAUUAGGGUGGUUUUUGAUUCAAGUGCGCAAUACAACAAUGUUUCUCUCAAUGAUGUGCUACUAAAAGGGCCAGAUCUCAAUAAUACUCUUGUGGGAGUUCUGAUGCGUUUCAGGUCCAACCCAUACGCAGUCAUGGCCGACGUGGAGCAAAUGUUUUACAAUUUUGUUGUCAGAGAAGACCACCGCAACUACCUUCGCUUCUUGUGGUUCAAAAACCAUGAUCUGGAUGGAGAAGUACAGGAAUUCAGGAUGAGAGUCCACGUGUUCGGGAACUGCCCCUCCCCAUCAGUGGCCAUUUAUGGACUGAAACGAACAGCGAUGGAGGGAGAAAAAGAACACGGCAAUGAUGUAAGAGAGUUCAUUGAACGCCACUAUCCAUUAUGUGGAUGAUGGACUAAAAUCAUUUCGAUCAUGGUGCUGUUUUUUUUUUCUACCAGCAGUUUUUUUCUCUUGUGCACUUGAACCAUUUUUAAAUAAAUAUACUGAGACAGUUUUUGCUGCAAAUUGUGUAAGGUUCCAGCUUAACUCGAAUCAAAGCCACAAGUGUCAGAGACUGGUGCUGUUAUUGGGAGUUCAGCUCGGUGCAUCAGCAGCCUUACCAUACACCACACGACGUUUGAUCACAGUUUCGACAAAAGCAAGUAUAGAUUGUCGGGUGUGCAGUAAGUAG